CUGACAGACACUAUACUUGUACUCUCGUGAACUUUACUGGAAACAUUGAUCAUUUUACAAAACCCAGAGAUAUUUCAAGAAAACUGCAGGCUGCUGCGACACUGAUUGAAAAAAGCCAUUGAAACUGUCAAAUCAAAAGCCACCAUGAAGCUUUGGUCAAUGCCUAAACAAGGCCCAGAGUGUGGCAAAUGGCCAUCACCGACACAGUUUGGUAGAGCUCCCACAUCAAGAGCCCCUACAAGAUCGAAGAGCCUAUGUCAAUAAAAUGCACCGUAGCAGAGCUCCUUAUUAUAAAACUGACAAAGUGUGCAGCUUUCAAGAGGCAACAACUUUACCACCUCCAUCCACGAAGUACUUCUACUGUCAGACCUUUGUUGCUGAGGAGGUUCCUCCACCUGUUGACGAUGUGUUGGGAAUGGGAGACGCUCAUGAGAAGAUUUUGAAAAACACUGGGUUUCGUUCUCUGGAUGGCGAUACUGAUCCAAAGCGUUCCAACCUGUUUCCUCAGGAAGUUCCACUGCCUCCAAGCCCUCCACCUCCUGAGGAUGUGCUUCACAUGGGAGACGCUCAUGAGAAGAAGUACCCAGAUUUUUCUGACAAAUGGUUUCCUUCUCUGGAUGAUAUAGGUCUUUAUGUGAUGCCCCUCAAACUGCUGGCUCAGAUUCCACUGCCUCCAGGUCCUCCACCACAAAGAGCCUAUGGAUCGCGUGUCAAUAAAAUGCCCCGUAGCAGAGAUCCUUAUAAUAAAACUGACAGAGUGUGCAGCUUUCAAGAAGCAGCCACUAUACCACCUCCAUCAUUGAAGUACUUCUACCGUGAGUCCUUUGUUGCUGAGGAGGUUCCUCUGCCUCCAAGUCCUCCACCUGUUGACGAUGUGUUGGGAAUGGGAGACGCUCAUGAGGAGAUUUUGAAAAACAUUGGGUUUCGUUCUUUGGAUGAGGACACUGAUCCAAAGAAUCCCAACCUGUUGCCUCAUGAAGUUCCACUUCUUCCAAGUCCUCGACCUGCUGUGUUGGACAUGUGGAGCACCAAUGAGAAGAAGUACCCAGAUUUAAAAAACAUUGUGUUUCCUUGUCUGGAUGACGACCCUAUGGAGGCUAUGCCUUCCAUGGGAGACACUCAUGAGAAGAAAUACCCAAAUUUAACAAACAUCAGGUUUCCUUGUCUGGAUGAUGACCCUGCUGAUGCUGUCAGGGGUGUCAGACUGGGGGGGAAAAGGGGACUGAGUACCCAUGGCCCUCAUGAGAGGGCAGGUGGUGUGUGCUCCCCUGGUUCCAUCCUCUGA